AAUUGGAGAACAUGUUUUCAGAUUUGAAAAUGGAAAACUAAAAAAUAGAAACAGGAAAUUGGAGAUAGAAAAACUGAAAAAUAAAAACAGAAAAUUGGAGAACGAAAAACAAAAGUAGAAAACAGGAAAAUAUCUCUAUUAGUAAACAGACCCUUCUUUUUUUUGUCUAAAGGAAUCUUCCUUUAUUAAAAGAAGAAAGGUCUAACAAAAAAAUCCUCUUCAGUCAACGAAUGGUUGAAAAAAGUCAGCCAUAACUAAACACCAUUAACACCUAACUAACCUCAAAAAAAUUAAACGACUAAUCCUUCUUUCUUCAUUGCUUGGGGCUAAACUUUCUGUAUUGAUGCCAACCCUUUAGUUCGAUUUGCGUGAUCUGCCGCCGCUGACGCCGGCGAAACGAUGGGAUCCACCACCGAUACGUCAGCGGCUUCCUCCACCGUCACCACCGCUUCCCACCAUCCUCCCUCCCACCACAUCCUGGAAAUCACCCUCAUCUCCGCCCAAGAUCUGGCCCCCAUUUCCAAAUCCCAGCGCACCUACGCUCUAAUUUGGGUCAACCCGAAUAAGAAACGGAGCACCAAUAUCGACCCCAAAGGGCACACCAAUCCCACUUGGAACCACAAGUUCUCGUUCCGGGUCGACGACGAGUUCCUCGGGUCCGAGGCCUCCGCCGUCACCGUCGAGAUCUACGCCGUCGCCUGGUUCCGGGACAUCCUCGUCGGAACGGUGCGCUUAAAUGUUAACAACAUUUUGACGCCGCCCUCACCGGGCAUUGUUAGCGAUGAGAAGAAAAACGAGAGGUUCAUGGCUCUCCAGACCCGCCGGCCGUCCGGCGACCCUCAGGGGAUGCUCAACAUGGGGGUUGCCCUGUUCGACGCCGCCACGCGCAGCAAGCCGAUCUGCAGCGACGUCAGCGCUUCUUCCUCGGAUUGCAGAGAUCUUCUGGAAAAGAAAAUGAACAAGUUCCUUACAGGGGAUGAGAUCUCCGAGGAGUUCCCGGCGAAUCCGGGCUCGAUCUGCCGUGCGGGAUCUGCCGUGAACGGAUCAGCGAUAUGCGGCGGAUCCGAAGUCUGCUCGGACAUCGGGCCGUCGGCGUCCGUUGUGGCAGCGGAGAUAGCCAUGAAGUCGAACCCGCCGGCGGAGCAGAGCAACGCCGGGCCCCAGAGACGGAAGGGCGGAGGAGAAUGCGGAGAGAGCGUGAUAUUGGAGGAACUGACGGCGGAGGAAGCGGCGGCGAAAGGGAUGACGAAUCAGCCGGAGGUUGUGAAGAAGAAGGGACGCCUGUUUUCGUGCUACGGUUUUGAGGUCACCAUUGUUUGCGGCGCAAGAAAAAAACAGAAAAGCGAUUAAUAAAUUCCGACAGAGAGAUGAAAAUUUUCCAGAAUUUUUUUCCUGUUUUGUUUGUAUAGUGAACCAAACGAACAUCAACCCUCCUCCGGCCGGGCUAGUAGCCGCCGGCGUGAUGAUCAGAUAACGAGUCGGCGACUGUUUUUUCUUCCUAUGAAACUCUGACUUGAUGAUGGUUUGUUCUUAGAGCCUGUUUGGAGAAUUCUGUUUUCGGCUUAUCAGGCUUAUCAGCCAGCUUUUUCACCAAACACGUAACUUUUACUUUCGCGCGCUGAAUUGUGUAAUAAGCCGAAAAAGUAAGGUUGGAGUUACUUUUCUGGCUGUAUUGGCUGAAGUUACUGUAGAGGACCAUUUUAGCUAUUUUUACAUAUAAUUUUUUCUUUAAUUUAUUAAUAAAAUAUAUUUUUAAAAUAUUUUUUUCUUAAAUCAGCAGAAUCAGCCAAAACAGCCACUCCAGCCAGAAUAUCAUAAAUUUCAGCAGAAUCAGCCAAAACAGCCUAUUUUGGUGCUACCAAACGGGCUCUUAGUAUAGCAUUAUUAAGAAGCAAUCAGUAGUUAUUUAUGCGGAGCAAUUAAUAGUUCA